AUUCGAUUCGAUUCGAUUCGAUUCGAUUCGAUUCGCGUCGAUUCGAGUACGCCGUAAGACCGCCGUUCGCGAAAAGCCUUUAUUGGCAGCCACACCCCCACCACCACCGCCACAACAACAACACAACUACAGCUUAUUGCAAAAACAUCAACAAAGAAACAAUGCCCCCGAAGAAGAAAACAGGAAAGCCGAAGCGCGUCCCCCACGCUAAUGAGACGCCUUUGAAACACAAGGCGCCUGGCCACGGCGCCGUUGAAAGGGCCAAAAACAAUAUGUGGACCUCUUCAGAUUCCAGUAGCAACACACCACAAUCGACAUCAAACUCGGCACCAGCUCGGCCAAAAUACAAGGCAAACACAACCAUAUUAAGUGGCAUCGGUAUCGGUGGCGGCGGUGCUACUGUUGCCCUCAAGAAGAAAGAUUCGAAAACAUCGGCAAUUCCGACUGUUGCUGUUGUGCCGAAUCGAGCGAAUCCUGAUUUGGAUUUCUUCAAGUAACCUACCAUAGUCGGAAAAGAUGCUCUCCUAGAUAUAGUCCCUCUGCUCCGUUGAGGGAGACCAUGAACUAUAUGUAUAUAAAGUAUAUGUUACGAAGAGUGGAUCCAUUCUCACAAUGCCAAGAACACCAGCGAGAGCUGUAUUACGUUGUACGUGCUCCUGAGUGCUUGGGCGCCGGUACUCGUACCAUGGUACAUGUACCGGUAUGCGGAAACAGGGCGUUAAUAAAGAGUUGAAUGUGUUGGUACAGUAAAGGUACGAGUAGGUACUGGUACCGCUCCAAAGGCGCGAUUGCAUCCGGACCUGUCGCCUUCGUUUUGGAGGGCAAUCGCGGCAGAUUGAUAUGCACGAUGCGCUCGUACAGUACGAUGGUAAACUGUUAGACGGAAACAUUAGCUUAAAUCAUUGAGGGAAUCCCAAGCACGGUUCAAGGUGUUCGGUGCCGGACCCUGCUGCAACCACGGGAAGCCCACGGUAAAACCAUCCAUCCAGCCAAAUCUUUGCUUGGAGCCACCAUCACCAUUCGAAGCCCAAAGCUGCACCGUGAAUCUGCCGAUGUGCCGAUCGGUUGCUGUUGCACGAAAUCGAGGGGACAAUCACAACUGAAACCUCACAAAUUUCAAAGCAGCCAGCAGGCCAAGAACGGAAACCCAACCAACUUUAGAAGCAACAAAUAAUUGUGGCAAUGACCGUCCACGCAAUCAGCGCUAUUUUGGACCAUUCUUGGGUCGUCCUUGUUUCUGCGAUCUCCUUCUUGGAUUACUGGUUGGGGGUGGUUCUCUUUGUCGUAGUGGCUCCGUUGACAAUGAAUUGUGUUUUAUGGUGUAUCAUAUCGUUGUGCGUGGCACUUCGGGAAGGCUACUGCAUGAAGCUCAUUAUUUCUCGUCCGAGAUGAGUACGUACAGUGCUGACCUUUCGGGCAGAACCAAUGCUUGAAGCCCAUGCGAUAGUUGUUAUCAAGAUGUUUGUUGGCUGGCGAAAACAGCUGGUGCAAGCAAACCUGAUAUAAAACAAGAGAAGUGCGGAGUGAUUCCGUAACGAUGAAUGGACAUAUUUGCAGCGGUGCUGUUUCAAAUUUGAUCGAGUCUGUCAGCAAUUACCUGUAGGCAACAUGGUGUCGUAAAGCCUACCCUAAAAGCGAUCGUGUUGACAACACCAGGACUUCCUUCAACCACUCCUAUCUAUGUAUCACUUAUCACUUGGCAGAAUUGGCCUUGAUACAAGCUAGUAGCCAAAAACAAGGGGUAGCUGUCGGUAUACAUAUACUGUAUCGAUUCAUAUCCAUUCGUAGGCGCCUUCCAGCUCUGAGCUGGGCAGUCUACUAGGAAGCAGAAAAUCCAAUAACAUUGGAAGGGAAACAGUCACCCCGGUACUCCCACCCAUCCGCUCUCCUCAUCUCCAAACACAGAGUUACUUUGGCAACGAGGAUCGAGCCAGUGAAUUGUGAG